GGAAAACUUCGAUCGCUCCACCCGACUCGAUUGAUUUACAGCAAAUGUGUGUUGGCGUUUAUUAGUAGAUGCGAUCGUUUCGACAAAUGACGAAAAUGCAUGAGUCAUAUUUCUAUGGUUGCGUUAAAGAGAGGGAGGUUCUACAGUAAUUUCACCAAUAAGACCAACAUUCCAGCUGUGCGCCUUCUUGUCAGCAAUGCGCAGUACGCCGCACAUGUUUUAUUAUGGCGCAAAUGUUAUAAAAUUACAUGCAUGCUGUUGUCAGUAACGCUUUUAAUGCGAACCGUAUGUAUUGGCUUCAAGCAACAAAUAUACGCGAAGAAAUGCCGUUGAGUCAAAUAAAUCAAAGUAAUUUCAUCAAUACGAGUGAGAGCGUGAAUCCUGGUACUGAAGUAGCUACGAUUCGUUAUACUGCUCCACCUUCGUAUCAUAACAUUAUUUUACCUCUUGGACAUCCGUCUACUUUAACUGCUGAUCGUGGUGCACCUCCUUCUUACGAGGAAGCUAUAGAUCCAAAUGCUCCUCCACCAUCCUAUGAUUCGUUGUUUGGUCGUAUGAGAGAAGCUCAUAAAGUUUCCAAAGGAGUGUUUGAUUUUUUGAUAAAUGUUAUUGUCUUACUUUUAGGCACCAUUGGAUGUACCAUUAUCUUAGGAGUAACAAUGGCAGUUCCAAUAUGUAUGAUGGUAAUUGGAGGACUUUAUCUAUACGAUUGCCCACAAGGAGAAUAUAUUCCUGUUUAUUUAUUAGUGGGUGGUGGUUUCGGUGUCUUCAAACAGUUAUUACACUUGUCUGCGAAAGUACGUCAACGUCAAGAGGAACGAGAUGAAGAAAGAAUACGACAAUCGCCUACACAAACAUUAAUAAACUGUUUUAUGCUUGGGUGGUUCAUUAUAGGUUCAAUGUGGGUGUACAAAGAGUAUGAACCAAACUAUGAUCCAGCUCUUGGAAAAUACUGUAAUAAGACGUUAUACUUAUUUGCCUUUUGGCUAAUCACAUCAGUUUACAUAUGCUUGGGAGUGAUAACAGCUGGACUUUGCAGCAUUUCAGUAGCAAGCAUUGUGUUUCAGAGACCACCACCUGAUCUGAUGUGAAACGAUACGAUCUCAUUUUAGAGAAAUAGUCAUUUACAAGAUUUAUUAUUUUGGGAUCAAAACGAAAACGAAAAAAAAAAUAUGAAAGAACUGUCUGUGGAUAUUAAGUCACGUCAUAACAGGGCACAAAAUUUCGUCCACGCUUACGUACCUGAGAUGCUUGAAAACAACAAUCUACGAACGGAUGAUUUGCACAUUAAACGCACAUACAAUGCACUCGAGUCUCAUAUAAUUUAAUGUUUGUAAUCGUUCGUAGAGACAUCUCUUCAUUUUUUAAACAUACUUUAUUUGUUCAAUGUAUUAUAUUUUUUUGCUAUUAAUUAAACGUCGAUUAAACAUAGCAAAAGUGCUCUAUCUCUCAGAAUUGGUAUAUUGAGAGAGAGAUAGGGAGACAGAGAGAGAGAGAGAGAGAGAGAGAGAGAGAGAAAAGAAAUGUUUUAAUCGAUUCAGGGCUGUGGAUAUUUCGCAAUAAUCGCGAAUUCUUUUGAUAUUGUGCCAAGAAAUCGCUGAGGCCGUAACAGGCAUGCAUAUGAAAGUACUCGUAAGGCGCCAAGGUGCCCCCCGUAAUGCUUCAGGCGCCCGUGUUCGUCUUACUACUUGCUGUGUAUACCUGUUGUAGACCGAAUUUUCAGCGCACGAUUCGUAACGAUAUUCUUACUUGAGUAGAAUCUCAGGACGUGUCACAAAAUAUUCACAUGAAGGUGUCAUUGAACACUGUGAUACAUACAAAAGAUAAACAAUGAUUUCCCGUCAAUGUGCUAUCACGAAUCACACCGUAGGACUUAAACGGCAGCUGUUUAACAAUCCAGUGCAAGUGAAAAGGGUUCGCUCACUCGUAUAAAAUAGCUUAUUGUUGAAAAGACUGCGAAACAUCGCAACACAUUUUUUAUUCCUUUGCCCUCUUCCUCCGUCCUUUUAAAAAAACUUUUCGACCUCCAUUGAGCCUUUAAUGUCAAUGUAGUCGAAUAACACCGUUUUAUAAAAGAAAGACUUAUUUGAAAACUAAAGGGCGAUAUAUACAAAUGUAUAUUAAAUACAUACGCCUUUUAGUAUUUCGAAACUAUUCAAAUGCCAGUAUUCAUUAGUAUUGUUAGAAGAGGAAACAAAAUUUUUUUAAAGAAAUUGUCACGUUUAAUUGGUAUUUAGGGACCGAUUGAGGAGGAUGAUAAGAACUUUAAAAGUAAUGUUUCUUCCACUUUCAUACAUCUUUACCUACUUUUCAAGCGACUAUUUUCGUCUUCCUAUUUAAAAAGUGUGUAUAUAACGUCGAAACCCCAUAAUUUCUAUCCGUGUUUUACGUUUGAUUUAUUAUACUCUUGGACACACGCUUGCACGCAUGUGAACGGGCAAUCGAGCGAGCUUGCGCUUUUAAAACUUAGAAAUAAAAGAAAACGGAAAAAUACAUGGUGUAAUCUAUGACUAAUGUAAAGUAUCUCAUACAAGUUAAUCGAAUAGACUGCAAUUUUCUUCGAUUUGAACGUAUUGCUUAGCAGACAUACGAAUAUAUAUACACGUAACCGCGUUGUAUAUUUAUUGCUGAUUCAAUGUAAUACACUGUACACUCUUUUGACGAUGCGACUUGUCAACAAGAUCUAUGCGUGCCUACGUAUCAAGUUCUUACGUUAUUCGACAUUAUGGGCACACACGCACAUUUGUUAUUAUAAUAAUGUCCUAAAUAAACUGCUUAAAAAAAA